GAAUAAGCCUCAUACUGCUACUGGUAAUCCUUACACUAUUCCCACAAGCACCGCUACUUCUACUACAUCGACAUCUGCUUCAUCUUCUGCUUCAUCCUCGACUUCAUCGUCAAGAAAAAAUACUGUUAAUGGUGGUGUAACGACAACAACAUCUAAUGAAAUUCCUAUUCUUCAACAACCAAUAACUUCUUCCAACACCACUACCAACACUUCAUCAUCUUCCCAAUCUCAGCAAGAACAACAACAAAAAUCACUGCAACAACAUCAACAAUUGCAACAACAACAGUUACAGCAGCAACAUCAUCAACAAUUACAACAACAACAAAUACAACAAGAAAUUCAUCGUCAAUCGAUCGUUGCUGCUCAUCAUCAUCAUCACCAUCAUCAACUUAUACAACCUCAAACCAUUGUUCCUACUGCAACCAUGGUAAAUCAUAGCAACAACAAUAAUGAAGCUCCAAUUAGGUGUGUUAAUUGUGCUCAAACUCAAACUCCUUUAUGGAGAAAGAAUGAAAAAGGUCAACCUAUUUGUAAUGCUUGUGGUUUAUAUGCUAAAUUACAUAAUAGAGAUCGUCCUGUUGCCAUGAGAAAGGCAAAGAUUCAACGUCGUAGAAGAGACUGGGGUGCCAAUAACGGAAAUCCUAACGGAGGAAGUGGCGGUGGUGUCAAUAGUAGUAGUAGUCUUGACGGUUCAGGUUCUGACGGUUCUUGCGACUCAAACCCACAAAGUCCAAUCUCUCCUCAUCAACAACAACAUCAUCACGCUCUCACCAUUCAAACCUACUUAUCUGCAGCCGCUGCUGUUCAUCAACGUCCAUUAAUGCCUAUGAUGAUCAAUCCUACUAUAUCUCCACUUUCGGCGACUAAUCCUAAUGCAUCUUUAACUAAUGUUACCUCUCCAAUAACAAUGGUCCCAGCCACUUCUCUUCAUCAUCAACAAGCUUAUCCUUUUGCUGCUCCACAAUUUGAUUUUGAUGACUCUAGAUUUAGAGCUUUGGUUGAUAAAAUGCCUAAAAAACAAGCUGAAGCUUUUCUUACUAAAUUUUUACGAGUAAUCGCCUUUUUUUCAGAUCGUACAUGGUCAAAAUCCAUAAAAAUAAUUUCUUCGUCUUCACCAGUUGAUAUUCUUAUUAGAGACCAUCAUCUACAUCCUUUUUAUCCAAUCAAACCAACCGAAUCAAUUAAUACAAAUAUUAAAAAUAUUGUAAAAUUACAUGAUAAAAAUAUCGAUGAAUCUCAUGUUACAAUAGUACCGCUAGAGAUGACUGUAGAAUGGUUUCAAGAAAAUAUUAAAGAUGCAAAAUGGCAUGAAACAUCAGAUGGACAAUUAAGAAUUGGAUUUCGUUUAGAUUAA